AUGGGCCUCGUUUACGCCAGGGCAAAGGUGGUGAUAUCAGCGACAGCAUCUAAGAACUCACAGGGCGGCUGCUACAAACCCAAAGAUCUCUUUCCUUACGACUGCGUCCUAUGUAGCAACUGGAACUCUUCACUCGUCGUUCGCACGUUGACUCCAUAUCCCGAUUUGGUCCAGCUCUUCCACGAUAAGGUAGAUCGUUCGUUCCUGGCUACGAGAGGUUGGACUUUUCAAGAAAGGUUCCUCGCUAGCAGGAUUGUGCACUUCUGUUCAGGACUGAUGAUGUUUGAGUGCAACACAUUGACUACCUCUGAGUGUCAUAGGGAAGAAGAAUAUCCCCUUAAUACCCAGUUUAGCCAGGAUGGUACUUUGAACGCACCAACAGUCUCCCAUCCAGGCCCUGAACCACCCAGACAGCUCUGCAAUACGACAAUCGUGAGACAUGCUGGGUCUUCUACAAGACCUAUCACACGCCCAGCCAAGAACACGGUUAAGAAAAGUUGGUCCGCAAACCCCAAGCAUCGAGCAUGGACCAGCAAGAAACGGCGCUAUGAUGCACAGGUAUCGUCUAUAAGGGCCAAUGCCGCUAGACUGAGUAUUCGGGGGGCUUUCAGCUUUCUUUGGUCGUUCAGGGGACAGAAUAUGCAGGAGAAGGCAGAAUUCCACCUGCGGUGGUAUGAGAUGGUGACGAGCUACUCGGUUCGCAACCUGACGAAUGAUGGCGACAAAAUAAUGGCCAUUGCCGGCGUUGCCUACUUUAUCCAACAGAGCACGGGUUUCAAGUACGCCGCUGGCCUCUGGGACGAGACAUUACCCUUUAAUCUCCUCUGGGUGGUAGACUCUGGAGCCAAGAGGCGACCAUCUGGCCGGUCUGUUCCCACAUGGUCUUGGGCAUCGGUUGAUGGCAAGAUCUCACAUCGUCUACAGAAGGCUAGCCCAACUCCAGAGCCUAGCUCUGUGGUCAGCAUAACGGUCGAAGAUAGCAGCGUUUCCGAAUCAUGGGAGCAUAUCGAGUACCUGAUAUCGAACCACAAGAUUCAAGCUACACAUACGGUCAACGGCAUGGCCCAUAAUGCUAAGCUUAACCUGUCUUGUAAACUUCUCACGUUUGAUCCCAAGACAAUGGACUACGUGUACGAUGCACUGGAGCACCAUCAGCAGGACGAGAUAAGAUGUCUGCCUGUUCUCGAGUUGAUCAACGAGAGGGUUGGUCUGCGGAUUCGGACGCCGCAAAUUCAUGGAAUCCUGGCACGAGCUACGGCAGGCAAUUUAAGCGAGGGGGAGGAUACAUGGGUUCAAUAUACAAGAGUGGGAUACUUCUGCACGGAAAAAACCAACAUUCACCUCAAGGAGAUGGACAACGAGGGGCAACGGUUAAUUGAACUCGUUUAG